AUGCUGAUGCUGAUGCUGAGUUUGAUAGAGGUUGUUAGUACCUAUGUUACCAAAUGGUAUGUAAUUGUACCUUUAAUAUUCAUCUUGUACAAGUUGUUUGACACUAUAUAUGAAGUGUAUUUGAUGAAGAAAUUUGGUGCUAAACGAUUUGCUAAUUUCGAAACCGAUGGGUAUUUUGGCUUCCAUAUACCAUUUGUUCUCAUUAAAAAGAAGAGUGAAGGAACACUUAUAGAUUUUAGCGCCGAAAGGUACUCGAAAAUAUCAAGACCAGAUGUGCCUACUUUGACCUUUAAAAUUUUCAAUAUUCCAAUUGUUGCUACAAAAGAUCCCGAAAAUAUCAAGGCUAUAUUGGCAACUCAGUUUAGUGACUUUUCCUUGGGUACAAGACAUGCUCAUUUCCUACCGUUAUUGGGUGACGGGAUCUUCACUUUGGACGGCCAAGGAUGGAAAGAUUCUCGUCAAAUGUUGAGACCACAAUUUGCUAGAGAACAAAUUGCCCAUGUCAAGAUGUUGGAGCCUCACAUUCAAGUGUUUUUCAAACACGUUUAUAAGAGCAAGGGACAAGUUUUUGAUAUUCAAGAGUUGCUUUUCAGACUUACUGUUGAUUCGGCUACUGAGUUUUUGUUUGGCCAAUCUGUUGAGAGUCUUCGAGAUGCUUCAAUUGGCAUGCAAAAUGACGCUACUGAGAUCCCCGGUACAAAGGAGUUUGCUAAAGCUUUCAACUUUUCACAAAACUACUUGGCUUCAAGAGUCGUGUUGCAAAAGUUUUAUUGGUUGUUGAAUGGUAAAAAAUUUAGAGAAUGUAAUCAAGUGGUUCACAAGUUUGCUCAACACUAUGUUAGAAAGGCAUUGAGUUUGACGGCUGCUGAUUUGGAAAAGGAAAAUGGGUAUAUUUUCCUUUACGAAUUGGUUAAACACACUAGAGACCCAAAAGUCUUGCAGGAUCAAUUGUUGAAUAUCUUGGUGGCUGGUAGAGAUACAACUGCAGGAUUAUUGUCAUUUGUCUUUUUUGAAUUGGCAAGAAAUCCAAAUGUGUUUGCCAAGUUGAAGGAGGAAUUAUAUAACAAAUUUGGUUCAGGAAAAGAGGCUCGUAUUGAUGAAAUUACAUUUGAGUCGUUGAAAGGAUGCGAGUACUUGAAAGCUGUCUUGAAUGAAUGUUUGCGUUUGUAUCCCUCGGUGCCACAAAAUUUCAGAAUUGCUACAAGAACAACAACUUUACCCCAUGGUGGUGGAAAAGAUGGAUUAUCACCUAUAUUGAUCCGCAAAGGUCAAAAUGUUAUUUAUUCAGUGUUUGCAUUGCACAGGGAUGAAAAGUAUUACGGAAAAGAUGCUAAUGAGUUUAGACCUGAAAGAUGGUUUGAACCAGAAACUAGGAAAUUGGGCUGGGCUUUUGUACCAUUUAAUGGAGGUCCUAGAAUUUGUUUGGGACAACAAUUUGCCUUGACUGAAGCUAGUUAUGUUGUAACGAGGUUGAUCCAAGAGUUUGGCCAUUUGACUAUGGACCCUAAUACUCCAUACCCACCUAAAAAGAUGUCACACUUGACCUUGUCUUUAAUGUCAUUUCAGUGGUCGCCCGAUGAGUUUGCUGAGAUAUACAAUGCAAUCAAAUUUCAACCAGAUAUUGACUUGUCUACGCUAGAUUUCCUGCCUAUAUCAACGGAUCUUUUACAUGUUCUUACAACACCCAUACCACUGCAGGAGUCAAGAAAUAAGUUGAAUGAGCCGGUUACUCUUUCCAAUGGAGACAGGAUUGAGCCAAAUCAAGCAUUUGUCGAGAUUAGUGGUGUUUUGGCUACAGAGUUGGAUUUGGAUGAGAUAUGUACUGCGGAACUUUUAUACAAUGCUCAGGAAAUAAGCUUUAAAAAGGGAACUUCCCUAAACGAUUCGGCAAAAUUGAGUUAUUUUCUUAGAGACGAGUACAUUUUGAAUAUCUUGGGCUAUUUGGUAUCAAAACGGGAGCUCAAUUUGGAUGUAGAAAAGGUGUUUGAUAAUGUUGUUGCUAGUUUUGACAAGAUUUAUAAACUAGUUGGAAAUCUAAAUAAUAUGAUCGAUAAGCAAAAAGUCACGGGUGAUGUUAAUAAUCUAGUGUUCAUCAAUGGGGUCAAUUUCGCUAGGGUGCAGUUGUUCAAGUGCCAUGAACUAUUAGGACUGAUUCUAUUUGGACUAUCUCAAUUUUACUUUGACAAAAUCGGUCAGUUGAAAAAUUACCAAAAAAUUUUGACCAUUGUGAAAAGUUGUUUAAGUAGCGAUGAUAUUCUCGUUACUCAUUUUAUACCCUUUGUUUUAAACUUUUAUCAAAAAGCUCAAGAGACGGAGAUAAUGAGUGAGUUGUACACACAUAUUGUUGUCAAAUCGAUACAUUUGGAAAAAAGUGAAACUUUUGAUUUAUCAAAGUCUAACCUCAAUGGAUUCGAAAUAGUCACGAGCUUUGUAUUUCUUACCCAGUUUAUACCCUGGUGUAAGAAACAGUCCCAAUCACAAUCAAAAUAUGACUUUCAGGAGAGUAUAAUCAAGUACAUGGAACAGUUGAUUAGCUAUGGAGUAAUGGAGCUUUUACUAAGUUAUUGUUCUGAAACCGCAACACAAAAAACUAGAAAUAUAUUUGAACUAUCAGAUACCUAUGACUUUAGAUCUUUACUACAAACAAGUCUUCCCAGAAUGCAACCAACCAAGUUUACAUAUCCAAGUUCAAGUGAACUAAACAACCUUGCUCGACAGAGACCAGGUUUGGAAAAUGUGAAAAAACUAACAGAUAUUUCCUUUUUAAAGCUAAAUCCAGAGUUUAAUGACUCUUUGAUAGCGCCGCUUUUUCAAACCUUUUUCAGCACUUUUAUUUCUAAUGCUGCAUUGAUAUUAACAUCGUUAAGAGAUAGCGAGGAGGACUUUGCAUUAUCGUUUCAAGAUAGACAAGCGGAGGAUGAAACUAGUGACGACGAUAGCGAUAAUGAUGAUAAAAAGAAAAAAUUGGAAAGUUCUCCGCCACUACUGGAGUUUGAUGAAAUUGCUCAACGAGCAGAUUUGGAAAGAUUUUAUCUAGCAUUUGCUUAUACAUAUGACAAUAGACCUGAAUUGUGUUCGUUGUUUUGGUCAGAAGAAGAAAUAACAAAUGAAGUUGUGGGAUUCUUAUCGUGGGGAUUAUCUAAUAACACCUCGCCUUUGAUUGUGGCAUCGUUUAGUGUUUUGUUAGCUUCCUUGGCUUCUGGGGGAUCUAAAAUGGCAACAAAAAUUUGGGACAUCUUGAUAAACAAUAAUAACACAAAUAUGAAAAAGAAUGAUUAUUCGAAAAUAUCAAUUGAUUCAAUUCAUGACUCGUUACUUUAUUACGUUGAAUCUUUAAAGACUAAUUUUGAAGAAGACUUGGCUGAACAGUUUCUUGUUCUCCAAAAAAAACACGAAACCAUGUUUGCUAACCGACCCAGUAUUGAUGUUGAAGGUGGUCAAAGCAACAAAAUUUGCAUUGAACUAGCAGAGGAUUCGAUUGUAUCGAUCUCUGGUUUUGCACAUUUAUUGUCGUCCAUCUUGAAGAAUCUCUCGGAUAACUCAGAUAGAGAUAUUGAAAUACGAAAUAUUGCAUACCAGAGGUUCAUACCUAUAAUAAGUCAAUAUCUAGACUUUGACAAUUUGAUCAAUGGGGGGAAGAUAUUGCAAGUUAACAUUAAUUCCAACCCAUCAAAUAGUCCAAGCUAUGUUGAUUUGCCGGAAAUACAUGUCAGCGAUGACUCACGUGUGAUUUUGUUGAACUUGGUGUUUCGCUUAUUGGGGAACUUUGUUGAGAAUAGUAAUGAUUCAUUUGUAAGAUAUGAAAUUUGGAGACUUCUUGAUCGAUGGAUGUAUCAUGGAUUGCACAUGGUUGUACCAAACCAGAAUUCAAACGAUUUGUUUGGUAAGCAAAACGAAACUAGGAAAUACACAAGAAAAAGAUCCCUUGGAAUGAUUGAGGUAUUUGUCAACAACUUGACACACUAUAGCCAAGUGUUGAAUUUCACCGAUAUCGUAAAAAAGUUAUUGCAACCACUUGGUACAGCAAAUGCAUUUGAUAAAUAUACACUAGCCUAUCCGUGUGAUUUGGGAUAUGGCUAUAGACCAAAUAAUCAAAUUGGUAUUUGGCCCUAUAUUGAGUUUCUUUUGCGAGAGGUGUUUGGCCAGUCCCACAGCCUAGACAAUUCUAAUGAUAGAAUCAAUUUGCAAACCCUUGUGCUAUCAUUAUGCAGUGAUGCAUUGAGAGAAGUUGAUUGGCGAUUUCUAAGUCAUAUUGCUAUGAAGGUUAUUCGAGACUUCAAGACUUCAUCCUUUGACACGAUGUUUGAUUCCAAAGUUCCUGGGGCUCCUAUAAACUACGAUGUUUAUGUUAAGUUGCACCAUUCGUUGGCAAUUGUAAGUUACUUUUUUGAAAAUAAUAUUUGUCAGGCUUUGUUCAAAGUCAUUAAUCAAGGAAUUGACUCGGUAAAUUCUUCUUCAACAAUUUCUCAAAUUGUUAGCCAAGCAUUAGAUGUGCUUACCAUGUUGAUGGAAAUCCAAGAUACAUACAAGACAUACUUGCUACCUGUUUUGAAAAGCAGAAAUAUUAUUCAACAACCAAUUCACCGGAAUUCAAUUGUUGGUAUGGGAACCUCAAUGAGUUUAGUCUUGAACCAGCCGCAAUCUAUAUUUGAUAAUAUUUACCUUGCCAAAAGCUUAGGUUCACAAGGUGUUAGUUCAUUUCACGAAAUCUUUUUAUUCCAUAUAUCCUCCAUCGUGCAUGUUGCCUUAUUUGUCAGUUGCGAAAACUCCAUUUCCUCAAAUGCACUAAAGAUUGUGAAAAGUAUUGCUCUGUCACCACACUUUAGAAAUUCCAAAACCGAAGCUGACCCAUUAUUAAACAAUGACAGAUUGUUGACCACUUUCCAAAACAUUGAUGAGUCUGAAAAGAUAAAAUUUGCAUUUAUUGAUAAAUUUGAAGAGAUUGAAGAUAAAUUUGAUUCAAAGUUUGAAAUAUUGAUUUUGUUAAUACAGAUACUUGAUCAGUCAAAAAACGCAAUUAACGUGGCCCACUUUUUGCUAGGCUAUGAGAUAAGAGGGCAAAGACUUUUUUGGAAUAGUGACAAAAAGCAUAACACUUUUUUGGAAACUUUACUCAAUACACUUUGCGUGAGCUUGAAUUUAAUCUCCGAAUUGGAUUAUAAUAAUGGUAAUCGUCAUGUUAUUGAUGUUGGGCCAGCCAAGUUGUCCUCAUUGAUCUUGGAGGUGUUGAUAAAGUUAUGCAAAGAUCCUGUGUCUUCUGCUUUAACCAUGAGUUUAGUUAGGGAAUACAAUGAUUUGAUUGAGAAGCUCAUUUCAUUCCAACCCAAACUAGACUUGCUAACCUUGUGGUGUGGGUAUGAAUUUAAUGGCGAUUUAGCAGUUGAUGUGGAAAACAAAUUUCUUGACUCAUUACCUAGUAUAGAAGCUUUCAUUUCCUUCAUUAACCAAAGAGAUAUGGCAUUGAAGCUUUUAUCUAUUGAGCUUUACAGCGUCGAAUCUGUGACCAAGAAGCAGUAUUACACAUCUUUGCUAAUUGAUAAAACCCAGUUCCCCAGUACAUGUGCUAAAAUAUUGGAUUUUUUGGAUGUGUUGAAUUACAUUUUCCAUAAUUUUGAGAUUGAAAAAUACGAUUAUUUGAAUAGAACAUUUGAUAUGAGCUUAGUUUUGGAAGAAGUUGCAAAACCAAAUUAUCAAUUCAACUAUUCAAUUUUAAAGAAUGUAUUUAGGAUAUUGUGUCAAGGAUCGAAUCUUAUCACUCCUGAAGCCAAGCAAUCUUUUUCCGAAGAGAUUAUGAUUGAAGGAAUUAAAAUACACGAAUUUGUCACUAAAUUCCUUGUUAUGACAAAUUCAAGAGAGGUGCAGCUUAGUUGUUUACAGUCAUGGUGCCAAUUGAUGAAGAUUUUGAUAAUUGAAGAACAGAUCCAGUCAAGCGACUUUAUAAUUGAAGUAUUCAAUUCGAUAUUACCCAAGAUAUCAGCAUACUUGGAGUCUGAUGUAACAUUUUCAGAGGAAUUGAUAUCGUUGUGUGUUUCAUUAUUUGAUUUGUACAGCAAAAAGUUUUUAGCUGCAGCUGGCAAGAAUGUCGAAGAAAAUGUUAUGCUUAUCACCAAGGUAAUGCCUUUAUUCCAUACUUGCGUUUCGGGCAUUAUUAGUUCAAACUCAACUCCAAAUUUGAGAGCGGAGUUGUACACGAUAUUUAACAGUUUUUUGUUGGUGGCAUGCACCAGUGAGCUGCUGCUUUCGGAUUUGCUUAUGAGACAAAUCAAGGCAGUCAGUAAGAAAUUUUUCCCUGUUAUCAGUAAUGACUUGUCCUACUCUGAAGGAUUAGCAAGAAUCAAUGCCAUAUUUGCAUUGGAAUCGUUACUUCGGUUAGGAUAUAUUAUCAAGACCGAGUUUGUGCUCGAAAAUAUGGUAAAGACAAAUUUCUUAUCACAAAUGUUGCGCUCAAUUCGUCGAACAGACGAGGUGAUAAAGUCAACGUCAAAAGAAAAAUCCGACUUUAGCUUCAACGACUUGUUUGUGGAGCUAACUGCAUUUAAAGCUGUUUUAUACUUGUUGGUGAAAAUUGCUCAAACUAAAGUGGGUGCCUUACAAUUGAUUCAAAGUGAGCUAUUUGCUACAUUAAAACAUUUACAACUACUUAAAAUUGACCCCGAUUUGGGAUUAAAUUUGUAUGUAAGCGAAACUCGGAAUUUAAAAAGUUCCACUAUCAAGGUGUUGUUGGAUACUCCCUUAUCGUUGACCGACUUGGUGAAUCCAGAAAAUAUUGAGAAAGACGAAAAUACGUUAUCGUAUUUUGAUUUGGUGAUACCAAUAUUUGAGUUGAUUACCACUGUGCUAUUGGCAAUGGGACCGAAUUAUAAACCGGGAAUAGUGCAAACCAAAUCGUUAAUGGAGGAUGUGGUCAAACAGUUGGUUGUUGGUGUUUUGAAAAGAGAUUAUUUACUUGAUGCCAACCAAGUCAGCUCGUCAAUUUAUAAAAAGGAUAGCCAAGAAAUCAUUUUGUUGAAGAAAUUAGUACAUCUAUUCACAGUUAUUAAUUCAUUGAUUAAAUAA